UUCACAAAAACAUAGGUCUUACGUUUCACCAUUCCCUUUGUAGACCCAAAUUCAAACUCUUCAUAUUUAUCCGCUAGUAAAUGUAUACGCCAUAAACCCUAACUAUUUCUGUUUCUCCUUUUUUAAAUCGUCGAUUUGAAGGCGAGGAAGAGCAAUCAUGGUGAGAACGAAGGUGGAAAUAAAGAGGAUAGAGGACAAAUCCAAGAGGCACACUACCUUCACCAAGCGCCGCCAAGGACUAUUCAAUAAAGUCAAAGAGCUCUGCAAGCGUUGCAAUGCAGAAGCAGCCGCAAUCACAUUCUCUUUAGCGGGAAAUGCAUAUGCUUAUGGCUAUCCCUGUGUUGGAUCCGUCUUGAAACGUUAUGAUGACCAUAUCCAGAAGCAUUCGCACGGGGCUGGCGGUGAGUCUGUAGAUGAUUCAUCUGGUGUAGCCACUACUUUAAGUAGUAGUUGUGCUGCAAGUAUAAGUAGUUGUGAUAGUAGUUUAAAUGUAGACGAAUUGGGAAUGGAAGAGCUUGAAGAGGUUAGAAUGUCUAUGGAAGAGUUGAAAAAAAGAAUUAUUGAUCGAGUGAAUGAGAUUUCAGAAACUAUUCCUCUUUAAUGCUCUCUUGUGGAUUGAAUAGUUCACUAUAAUACCUUUUGUAGACUGGAAUAGUUUUAAAUGACGAACAAUUUGAAUCACUAUUGCUAGUAAUGAGCAGAAAGACUAUUUCCUAUUUGAUUAUAUGAUGAUUAUUACAGAUAUUCG